UUUGCAUUUGAUAGGGCUAUGUCCACUUGACAGGAUCUAAACUACCAGAGAGACAAGUUGCUGGACCUGUCUGUGAAGGGGAAACAGGAGACACACCUAAAACGUGGGCAGUAGCAUUCCCUGGGCCAAGGUGACCAUGAAUAAUUUAAAUAAGAUAGUAAAUGAAGGGGAUUCAAGUCUUGCCACGGAGCUACAGGAAGAGCCCGAGGAAAAUCCUGGUCCUGUUGUGGAUGAGAAUAAUAUAGUAUCAGCCAAAAAACAGGGACCGAGCACACAUAAUUGGAGCGGUGACUGGAACUUUCGGAUCUCGAGUUCCACCUACAAAGACAGGAAUGAGGAAUACAGGCAGCAGUUCACACACCUGCCGGACUCGGAGAAGCUGAUAGCAGAUUACGCUUGCGCUCUUCAGAAAGAUAUCUUGGUUCAGGGGAGGCUGUACCUUUCAGAAAACUGGCUGUGUUUCUAUAGCAACAUCUUCAGAUGGGAAACUACAAUUUCUAUUGCUUUAAAGAAUAUAACCUUUAUGACCAAGGAGAAAACUGCUCGACUCAUCCCAAAUGCUAUCCAGAUCACCACAGAGGGGGAAAAGUUUUUCUUUACAUCUUUUGGUGCCAGAGACAGAAGUUACCUGAGCAUAUUUAGGUUGUGGCAGAAUGUAUUACUAGAUAAGAGCCUGACCAGACAGGAGUUCUGGCAACUGCUCCAGCAGAACUAUGGCACGGAGCUAGGCUUAAACGCUGAAGAAAUGGAACACUUGUUAUCAGUUGAAGAAAAUGUGCAGCCAAGAAGUCCAGGAAGAAGCAGCGUGGAUGACUCUGGGGAAAGAGAUGAGAAGUCCUCCAAGGCCAUCAGCUUUACACCGGAGUCAGUUAGCAGAGCUUCAGAAACAGAGUCAUUAGAUGGGAACUCUCCGAAGAGAGGAUUAGGAAAAGAGGAUUCCCAGAGUGAGAGACAUGUGAGAAAAAGUCCUUCCCUAGCUUCAGAAAAGAGAUUAAGCAGAGCACCCUCCAAGUCACUGGACUUGAAUAAGAAUGAGUACCUUUCUCUGGAUAAAAGCAGCACUUCAGAUUCUGUGGACGAAGAAAAUAUUCCUGAGAAAGAUCUUCAAGGAAGACUUUAUAUCAACCGUGUCUUUCACAUCGGUGCUGAGAGAAUGUUCGAACUGCUCUUCACUAGCUCGCACUUUAUGCAGAGAUUUGCAAAUUCUAGAAAUAUAAUAGAUGUGGUAUCUACCCCCUGGACGGUUGAAUCUGGAGGCAAUCAGCUGAGAACCAUGACCUACACCAUAGUCCUCAGCAACCCGCUUACCGGGAAGUAUACUGCUGCCACAGAAAAGCAGACCCUGUAUAAAGAGAGUCGGGAAGCACAGUUUUACCUAAUAGACUCAGAAGUGCUGACACAUGAUGUGCCCUAUCACGACUACUUCUACACUUUGAAUAGAUACUGUAUCGUGCGAUCUGCAAAACAGAGAUGCAGGCUGAGAGUCUCCACAGACUUGAAGUACAGGAAACAACCAUGGGGCCUUAUCAAGUCUUUAAUUGAGAAGAAUUCCUGGAGUUCACUGGAGAGCUAUUUCAAAAAGCUUGAAUCUGAUUUGUUAAUGGAAGAGUCUGUGUUGAGUCAAUCCAUUGAAGAUGCUGGAAAACAUAGCAGCCUACGCCGGAGAAGGCGGACCUUGAACCGAACAGCAGAGCCUGUUCCAAAGCUGCCCUCUCAGCGCUCUUCCACAGAUUUGGGCUUCCAGGCCAAAGUCGACAUUACAGGAAAGAGAAAGACUGUGGACAGUUGUGACACUGCCCUUAUUGUGGUGAUGAGUGUAUUCUUGCUGCUGCUCGUUCUGCUGAAUGUGACACUAUUUCUGAAGUUGUCAAAGAUAGAACAUGCCACCCAGUCCUUCUACCAGCUUCACCUCCAGGGAGAGAAGUCUUUAAAUUUAGUCUCUGACCGCUUCUCAAGAACAGAAAAUAUUCAAAAGAACAAAGAUCAGUCCCACCGUUUAAAAGGAGUACUCCAAGAUUCUAUAGUGAUGUUGGAACAGCUUAAGAGCUCACUCAUUAUGCUUCAAAAAACCUUUGAUUUACUAAAUAAGAAUAAGUCUGGGGUGGCUGUGGAGAGCUAGUGCUGAAAUGUGGAAAUCAAAGAGACACCUGGACCUAGAAGGCAACAUCUGGACGGAAUCAGAGGAUGAAGACUGUCACUGUCAUAAGGACAUUUCUGAUAUUUUUAUUACCAGUAUUUCUACCAGGAAAGCUGUAUUUAAAUAACAUUUACUCAAUGAUUACUCUCCAAUAGCCUUAAGACUCUAUCUUUUCACUUCUUAGAGAUACUUUUAAGCUGUGAAUUUCUCCAGUGAACCAUGAAAUAUAUUUUGGAAUUGAAAUUCUGUGACACAAAAGGGGAAGCAAGGCGCUGUGGGUAGGACAGCUAUUCUUCUACAGUGAGGCUUGCUAUGUGAUCCUUUAAAUUUAUGUUAGCACAGAGUCCCUGUGUGCCGCGGGGGGGGGGGGGCUGCGUUUGUAACUGAGUUUAAGAGCCUAAAAAGGUAAGAAGAAACCCCUCCAUCAUUUAUCACCUUAAAGGAUCGUUUUCCAAGUGAAUACAUUCCAACCUUGUAUCUUUAAAUUUUACAGUGCCUUCCUUGACUUGGCCUCAAGGCCCAAUGGUCAGACCUUUUAUAUGUCUGAAAGAGUCAUUGGUCAUGUUGUAUCUGAAUGAAGGAAUAUAUAUGUAUGUAUAUACACACACACACACACACACACACACACACA